AUGUCGUCCAUCGUCAGCGCUCUCACCGACCUCGUCAAGUCGCUGCUAGAAGUCGUCUGGUCCUUCUUCACCACUGCCGGCGAACUCGUUCAGAAGACGGCACAGUUCUUCCUCAGCAUUGCUACUGGAAUCCUCAACCUCUUUGUUGACUUCUUCCGUGGCCUUGUCGAUCUCGCUGGAGGUCUCGUGAGCUUCAUACUCGGCAACGUUCUUAUGUUGGGCGUCAUCGCUGCUCUUGUCUUCGGGUUUCUCCAGUACCAGCGCAGCCAGGGCAGGACGGUCACGGUCGGCAACAAGAAGCUCAACUAG